GUGACUUCAUUUCCGGUUAGACUGUCUAUAUUAACAACGUUACUCUGUUACUUUACCGAUAUCUAUUUUAUAGAUCUAGAUCUAGAAUCUAGUUUUAGUUUUAUAGAUUUUAGUAGAUAUACUAAACAUACCUAGAUCCAAGACUCUGGAUUUAAUUAUGGCUAGUAUCGAAGACUUGAAAACAUACGAACUUCAGUUGCAACAGGUGGAAGCUGCACUAUUAACAGACCCAGAAAAUGAAGAAUUGCUAAAGCUGCAGAAAGAUUUACAAGAAGUGAUACUUCUCACUACUGAGCUCAUCUCUGGACCGGCCAGUGCUGGCUCCUCAUCACUGACAUCCCCAGGUGCUGGUGGGCAAAAGUCUGGUGCUGAAGACACAGUCUCUUCAGGUGGAAUAAUUGAAUGGAAAGUUGGCGACAAGUGCUUGGCCUUGUGGGAGGAGGACGGACAACACUAUGAGGCUUUAAUAGAAGAAGUUUUGGGAGAUGGUACUUGUACUGUUACAUUUACAGGAUGGAACAACAGUGCUAUAUGUCCCGUAUCGCAACUGAAGGCUGUAGAUCAUGGAGUGAAGAGAGGAGCCAAAGGGGGAGGAGGAGUAGAUGCUAAAAAGUCAAAGAAAGAUUUGAUAGCAGAGCAGAGAGAAUACAAAAGGAAAAAAUCCCUCAAGAAAGCCCAGAGAAUGCAGCAGUUGGAACUUGAGCAUGAAACAGACAAGAACAAAUGGUUAGACUUUAAUCAUAAGACAUUUUCCAAGACAUCAAAAGGCAAAGUAAAGAAGAGUAUAUUUGCAACCCCAGACACAGUUUCAGGCAAAGUUGGAGUGGGCACUUGUGGAUCUGGAGGAAAACCCAUGACAUCCUAUCAGCACCAGGAAAAAUGGAAAAAAUAAUCUUGCUUUUUUUUAAGUGGUACAGAAUGAACAUGAUGAGAGAAAUACAAGCUAUUUCAAAAGAUAGAAAGGAUAAAUGAUAUAUCACUAGCUUGUAUAGAUUAGUAUGUCUGACAUGGUGCAUCAGGGGAUGUCUGCCAUAAGUUUCUUGGGCUGGAAAUUUGUUGCGAAAUCUGAAAGCAUUUUACGACAGGUUAAAGCCAUUGUAAAUGAACUGUUAACUAUAAUAAUUCAUUAUCAGUCUCAUCAUGCUAAUACAUGUUUGUAUAGUUUGUUUUUCUAUCUUUCAAACCAAACUCGUCUUAUUCCAGAUUUUAUUGGAUCUAAACUACUCGUUUAAUGUUUACUUUUGUUUUGUUUUGUGUGUCUUAUCUUAUAUGUCGCUUAACUUUUGUCAUAGGGGUACUGUCACAGUUCCCAUAAUCAUAUCCCACCACUUUUCCUGGUCAGCUGCUUUUUUUAAAAUCAUAUUGUAUUUCAUAUCAGGUUAUGGCCUUUUUGAAUUGAGGAUAAAUAGAUAAGAAUGGAAUGAGGAUUCUGAGGAUAAGAAAAAAAAAAGAAAGAGAUGGUACAGAUUCAUUCCACUUUAAAAAAAAAAAAGAAUUCUUUUGAUCCUCACUUGAAUGAAUUACAGGUGUGUAGCAGACAACAAAAAAUAAACCCAAGAACAACUUCAAUUACUUCAACACAAGGGAUAGAAAUGUAUAAUUCUGUUACUAGUUUCAAUAGCUUAAAAUCCUUCUAAAAUUAUGUUCUUUCUCUGUUUCUCAAUUUUGCUGCUGAUGAAUGUUACAGUUAAGCAUUACACCCAUCUCAGUUUUGCGUUAAAUAUUUUUUUAAUGUUUUCUUUUUCAAUUAUUGCAUAAGUUGUUCGCUCAGUAAACAUCACCUGACAUACAGCUCCUGUCCUCUUCCAAAAAAUGUUUUCUUGGUGUAACUAAUACAUUUUUUUAUCCAUCUCCUUCAAGUUCUUUUUUAAAGUUUGUAAAACUUUUUGUGAGUAGACAGAUUAUUAAAUAGCACUCACUACUAACUUGAACUAGCAUUUUAAACACCAUAACAAAUUGCAUUUAAAAAAAAUGUUAACAUUUCUAAGUUUUUUUUGUGUUUUUUUUUUUAAUGUCUUAAGCUUAUAGUCUAUCAAAGUACAUUAUGCUGUUACAUCAAACACAUCUCUGGGUUACUGUGACAAAAAUACAUUUCAAACCUUAAAAACAUGAGAGAGGAAGAAAAUGGAUCAUAAUGGAGGUGUGGAGAAAAUGAGAAGAGGAGGGUACAGUCAUUGUUAUGGAUUGAGAUAGGAUUUUUAAAUGCUUUGGUAUGUCAGGAGCAAAGGCCUAGGCUUUACAAACAGAAUGGCAAGAGUAAGGGCUAGACAUUGAACCUUCUUAAAUUUUCUUCUGAAAAGGAUGGGCUAGUGGAGUGAAAAUAAACUACAGCUAAACGCAUUCAUACAAGCUUAUUUCUUGAAGCAAUACUAAAUUAUUUUUUUUUAAUUUUCAAAGUGUUCAUUCAAGUUGUUAAUUUCAAUGCAUGUUUUGUUUUUAAUAAUUUAAUUUUUAUCUAGGCAUUUUUGAUAUCACUGUCAUUUCAAUGUGCAUGAAUGAAGCUUGUAUUGAAGAGAAUUGCUGUUUAGACUGGAAGACUGAAUGUUUUCAGAGAAGAAUGUUGUCUGAUUACAAUUGGUUAUGUUGCUUUGUUAUCCUUUGUUAGUGUCACUGUUAAAGAGUGAAAGAGGAAACAAGUGAGUUGUUUUUUUUUUUUUACUUUUCCAUACAUACAUUAUUAAUGUGGUUUUAAAUGAACUUUGUCUUGUUCUUUUUGGAACAAAGGUUUUGACUGAACCUUGUAUAGAUUAGGAUUGCUUAUUUUGAGUGAAAGUUUUUGACAAAUAUGUUGUGUCGGGUAACAAUUUAUUAUGAAUGUCUUAAAAUUUUUUUCAUUUGAUUGCUUCAGAGUUAAUGUGUGUGUGUUUUUUGUUUUAAAGUUAAAGGUGGCAUAGCGAACAUAACUAGGGACCUUCCCAUCUAAUAUACAUAUUUUAUUGAAUAAUAAGAAAUAUAAUACAAAUAAUAAUAAUAAAACAGGUUUUACCGGUCCCUAUUAAUAUUUUUCUUUUAAUACAAAUCUGUCUACAAAUUAUUCUAGUUCCUUUGUAAAUAAGUCUAAAAAUAUAAUUUGAAAAAAAAAACAAAACUAGAUGAAGAUGGCAUUUAAAAAUGCCCUCUCUCCCUCCUCGCUAUGCCACUAACUUGUACAUACAUGCAUUCAAUGAAAUGUUGUGGUUUUAUUUAAUUAAAAAAAAUGAUCUUAAAGAGUUUUAUUUGUACUCUCAGCGUCAGCUCAAGGUAAUAGAGAAAUACUUCAAAGUAACAUUUUGACAGUAGACCAUUUCCCAUUCUACACUAGUUUUUUUUUUCUUCUGCAUUAGACAGACACUAACUCAUCAUUGCACUUGAAUAUCCACUGUUGAAAAACAUUUGUUGUCAUUGACUUUCUGUUCUACUUGAUAGUCUGAUUGACAUACUUUUGUUUUAAGCUAAUCUAGUAUGACUUGCAUAGGUGUCUGUAGUUUUACUUCAUUUUUGCCGACCAAAAAAUAAAACAUUGAAAUCACA